GGGGGAGGAGCCGCAGCACGGGGGCGGCGAGGGAGGGAGCGGAAGGGGAAAGCGACCCCAGAACCCCCGGCAGGCCCCAGAACUCUUCAUCCGAGGAGCCAAGCUCUCCCUGCUUACUCUGCCCGGCACACAGCUGAUCAGAGAAUCUUUGCCAGUCAACUACGGGUCGCUGUCCAGUGCUUUUGUGUCCCUUUGGUCAGUGACUUGAGAAUUAGCCUUCGCUGUGCCUCUGAUGUCCUAGAGAUUUAGCUCCGGGCUGAGGCUUCUGCCCCUGACUACACGUGGGCAACUCUUUCUGUGUGUUUUGUUACCUCAAGCGGGAAGCUGAAACCAUUACUGUCCAAACCCUGUUUCUUCUUCCCAAGCAUGUCAGAAAGCUGGCAGCAGCAGCCUCCCCCACCGGCUCCCCCGCAGCAGCAGCAGCCGCAGCACCAUGCCGAGCCUCCCCCUGCCCUGGCGGAACACUCCAUUCCCCCAAGCGCAGCCGAGAACCCCCUGGGCUGUGCUGUCUAUGGCAUCCUCCUGCAGCCGGACUCCAACUUACAGCACCACCAGCACCCCCCCUUGCAGGCCCCCGCGGAGCCACCCCACAAAUGUGGGGUGUGUGGCCAUGACCUGACCCACCUCUCCAGCCCCCACGAGCACCAGUGCCUGCCCGGCCACGACCGUUCCUUCCAGUGCACCCAGUGCCUGAAGAUCUUCCACCAGGCCACCGACCUCCUGGAGCACCAGUGCAUCCAGGUGGAGCAGAAGCCCUUUGUGUGCGGCGUGUGCAAGAUGGGCUUCUCGCUGCUCACCUCCCUGGCGCAGCACCACAACGUGCACAGCGGCAGCGUGAUGAAGUGCUCCAUUUGCGAGAAGACCUACAAGCCGCCGGAGCCCGCGCCGCCAGUGCCGGCGCCCGAGCCCGCAGAGAAGCCGUACAGCUGCUCCAUCUGCCAGAAGCCCUUCAAGCACCUGUCGGAGCUGUCGCGGCACGAGCGCAUCCACACGGGCGAGAAGCCCUACAAGUGCACGCUGUGUGACAAAAGCUUCAGCCAGUCAUCCCACCUGGUGCACCACAAGCGCACGCACAGCUCCGAGCGGCCCUACAAGUGCACCGUGUGCGAGAAGACCUUCAAGCACCGCUCGCACCUGGUGCGCCACAUGUAUGCACACUCGGGGGAGCAUCUCUUCAAGUGCCCGGCCUGCGAGCUGCACUUCCGGGAGUCCUCGGAGCUGCUCCAGCACGCGUGCACGCCCAGUGGCGAGCGGCCCUUCCGCUGCGGCGAGUGCCAGAAGGCCUUCCGCCGGCCCUCAGACCUGCGGCAGCACGAGCGCACGCACAGCGAGGAGCGGCCCUUCCAGUGUGACCUGUGUCAGAUGAGCUUCAAGCAGCAGUAUGCGCUGCUGCGGCAUCGGCGCACACACAAGGCUCCUGGCACCUCCCCCGAACCUUUCAAAUGCGCCCUGUGUGAGAAGGGCUUCGCGCAGCCCGGCCACCUGGUCUACCACCAGCACGUCCACAGCCUCGAGAGUAUCUUCAAGUGCGGCGUCUGCCAGAAGGGCUUCGACCAGUCGUCGGAGCUGCUGCGGCACAAGUGCGCGCAGAGCGCCGAGCGCCCCUUCAAGUGCACCGUCUGUGCCAAGGCCUAUAAGCGUGCCUCGGCCCUGCAGAAGCACCAGCUGGCGCACUGCGCCGAGAAGCCCCUGCGCUGCACGCUCUGCGAGCGCCGCUUCUUCUCCUCCUCGGAGUUCGUGCAGCACCGCUGCGACCCCGCACGCGAGAAGCCGCUCAAGUGCCCCGACUGCGACAAGCGCUUCAAGUACGCCUCAGACCUGCAGCGACACCGGCGUGUGCACACCGGCGAGAAGCCCUACAAGUGCCCCUCCUGCGACAAGGCCUUCAAGCAGCGCGAGCACCUCAAUAAGCACCACAGUGUGCAUGCCCGCGAGCAGCAGUACAAGUGCGUGUGGUGUGGCGAGCGCUUCCUGGACCUGGGGCUGCUGCAGGAGCACAGCACCCAGCACACGGCCGAAGGCGCCUACCAGGUGGCCGCCUGUCUGCCCUGAGCGCCUCGGCCAGCCUGCCCGCCGGGCCUUCCUCCCUGUAGCUGUCUGCGUUGUACCGUGUCUUCAAUGAGGUGUCCGUGAAACCACCUUACUGCAGCAGGGGAACGCGCCUCAGCCCCUCUUCGGUCUGUGGCUCUGAGCCUGAGCUGACCUGGGCAGGUGUGGCCUCGACAAGCUUCCCCUCCCCCCAGCAACAGGUUUGCAGCUUUCUAGUGGCACUGGCCCUUUGAGGGCCAGUUAGCCCCCUCUCUGUGAGAGAAGUUCAGAGCCACACCAAAUCAGAAACCAGUCUUUUCCUCUUCCUCAGCCCCCAAAAGUGGAAGACCACCCCACCAGGCCCUUCCUGAUUUUUUUCUGCCUAAAUAGAAAUGAAACCAGGCCAUGAAGAACAGUCAUGUGGCCUGUGAGAAUACUGCCACGGUGCUUGCUGAUAGGUGGAGGUCUGCUUUUACCUGGGCACUGGGUCGAUGGUGUGUCCCAGCAGCAGGGGAUCCUUGGCAAGGGUCCUCCUCUACUCUCCUCAGCUCCAGAAGGAAGAACCAAACAGAGCAGUUGGCUGCAGAGGUCAGCCCUGUAGGAGGCUGGUGGCCGUCCAUAGGAGUUGUCACAAGGGCACUAUUUGUGACCAUUUGUUGAAAUAGGAAAUAAGACAAAGGCUCCCUUAGCGUUGGGAGAAAAGGAUUGAGAGCCUUUCCUAAUGGGGGAGGCAGCCUCUCUCUUACUGAGGGUUAAAAGAUCAAUUUCCCUAUUUUAAGGGCAGCUUCUUCUCCCUCCAUCCUGGGGUUGCUUAGCACUUCAUAAUAUGCUCUCUUAAAGUGGCAAACCUUUGCAGGGCAGGACCACUGUGUAUGAUGACCAGAAUACAUGGACACUACAGGUGAUGAGGAAAAAUCAAAGGGCAGAGAAUGUUA